AAAAAUAUAAAUCUAUUGGAAAACGCUGCAUGGAUAUAAAAAACAUCAACGUUUUAUUAGAACAGCCAAGGAAGCAUGAGUUCAGAGAUUAACACUCCAGCUGACCUCAGAAGCUGCUCCAAAGCCUCAGGAACUGCUAGCAAAAACAUGGAACCUGAAGACCUUUGCAUGACUCAAUCUUCUAUCUUGUACCUUCUUCAGGAAGCCACCAAGCUUGUAACGCCACCAAAGCCGCACAGUCUGGAUGUGGAAAAACGUUAUGACGCCAAAGAAAAGAUCGUUUCGCACAACUCGCCUAGCUUGAACCAAAUAGUUCAGGAGGUUCAAACUGUUAAAACACAGCCUAGCUUUACAGGGGCCUUUUCUAUGUUCAGCAGUAGUCCAUGGGAGGUGAUGAGUCUCAUAAACCUCCAGUGCGAGAGGCUGCUGCAUUCUGGUGCAAUAAAUGGACAGGAAGAUGCACAAACUCCCAAAGCUAAAGAUACUAAAUCUGAAGACAGCAAUGUCACCCAAGAAUGGUCUUUGUGUCCUUCAGCUUCCACUUCUAUUAUGUUGCCAAUAGCUGAUACAAUGGACUAUGCCAUGGAGUCAAAAGUUUUCUGCUCCAUUCCUCAUGUUAUUGAUUCAGUUGAUCACAUUCAGAGCACCAGUGGUGAUGGUGAAAGUCCGACAAUAAAAGCUGGAGAGGACUUGGCAGAGCUUAUUUCCAAGACCACAGAGGACGGUCUGCAUUCCUCCACGGUAAAGAAUGAUGAUGGGACUGGUCACUACUUCCUGGUUGACACAUCAGUGCUACCACUUGAUUUGACAAAAAAAGUAGAAACGUGUGAACACACCGUACAGUCUGGUGAGGGUGUGAAUGGAAUGGAUAGUGUACCGUCCAUAUCUGAGACUUCACAUAGCCAUGAAAUAAGCUCUGUUGACUUUUCAUCGUCUCUGGUUGCUGAAAAAUAUGAAGACUCCUGCUUUUCUUUUAAUGAAGGUAAAAGUGCACUGGUGUCUGAAAUGCCACCGCCAACAACAGAUUUGAACAAUAACCUUGAAGAUGAGACGAUGCAGGGGGCUGAAGAGAGUCAUAAAGUCAUCUCUGCCCAGACCAGAAGGAGGACACCUAGGAAGCAGGCUCACCCUGAGCGCAGCCCUGACCUACAGGACCCAGGACUUCAGGGAGUAACGUUCAGAAUGCACGCGGAGCUUGAUCAAAGCUCAGACCAAUGCCGCCUUGUCAUCACCUCCAACUAUAGCAAGAUAUGCAGGCGUGGCAGAAGUAAUAGAAACUGCAGGUCCAGAUCAGUGCAGAAUUCCCAGCGAACCAGCAGCUCGGAAGAGGAGAGUGACUCAGCCAGUCUGUGCAAGAAGAUCUGUGCGUCCUGCUGCACUAGAAAGACUCCUUUAUGGCGAGAUGCUGAAGAUGGCACGCCACUCUGCAAUGCCUGUGGAAUCAGGUAUAAGAAGUACCGUGUGCGCUGUCUACAGUGCUGGAACAUUCCUCGGAAAGAGGCCAGCUCCAACUCCAAGUGUCUGAAGUGUGGAGAUCUCCUCCAACUCGCCUCACAAAGUAAACGUGCUGGUGGUUGGUAGCAUUUCUCAGCUGUAAACGGCCCCAUAUCAGCUUUACAAUUAUAAAAAAACUUAAUGUUCUGGUAAUGUCUGUGUGUGUUUGUAAAAUAUGUCUGCAAUAGUUAUCUUAAUGUUGUAAAUACUUGCGUAUAUUUGUCACUUUUUAUGUUACUCAAAAAAAAAAAAAAUCUCAAUUGUGUGUGAGCAAUGGACCAUUCACAGUUGGUUUGGUCUCCUAACAAACGGUUUACUAGGCAUUUCCAGAAUUUACAAUUAUUUAUAUCUACAUGCAAACUUUCUAAGAAAGUGAUUCCUGUAGAAGUGGUUAUAUUUUGCACUUGGUUGUUUGUGUAGUGGUGUCUCCUAUUUAGGACUUGCAUGCAUGCGUGUUCCUGUUGUCUUUACAAAUUCUUUUGUUUUUUCUUUUGCUUCUGUGAUAAAAAUUUUACAUAGGAAGUUCUUCUGUAAACUUUGUUGGAUUUGUUUGGAAAUUAAAUUUUGGUGUUUGACACUUGA